AUGUCUAUUGAGAACAGGAAGUUGUAUGUUCUAUUUGAAAGUGCUGCUGGAUAUCUGCUAACAUCAGUAGAAGAAUGGGAACAAAUUGCCCAAGUAUCUGAGGCAGUUAUUGAAGCUUGUAAUGAUCCAAUGAGAUUUGGUCAAGUUGUUCACUUCACAGCAUUUUAUCCAUUCCAAACGGCUGAAGUAGCUUUGGAAAAUAUUCAAGCUAUCCAGAAUGGAACUAUUUCAGAUCACCUGAGGACUUUCCUUGUACAGAAUUUACCGAAAAGAGCUAAGAAAUAUAAUUUAGGUAUUGGUGAUGUCUCUUUGGGAAAGUCUUUAUCUGAUGAAGGUUAUCCUGUUAUACUUGAUAAGAAUAUUCAUGAAUUAUUGCGUGGGAUUCGUAUUCACUUUACUCGCUUAGUUAAGACUAUAGGUUCUUCUAUAGGUGAUCUACACAAAUUUCAAGUUGGUUUAGGUCAUAGUUUUAGUAGGAGCAAGUUGCAGUUUGAUCCAAACAAACAAGAUAAGCCAAUAGUACAAUCAAUUGCACUUAUUGAUCGCCUGGACAAAGAUAUUAAUCUAUUUUCAAUGAGGUGUAGAGAGUGGUAUUCAUGGCACUUUCCAGAAUUGGGAAAAAUAUUAACUGAUAACUUGAAGUAUUCAGAAGCAGUUUUAACUAUAGGUAAUAAGGACAAAUUUGAUGAUAAUGAAGAGAACAGGAAGAAACUGUCGCAAAUAAUAAAUGAUUCAAAUUUAGAAGAUGAAGUAUUCUCAGCAAUAUCAGUUAGUAUGGGGCAGGACAUUACAGAAGAAGACAUGGCAACUAUUAUCGAAUUUGCUAAACAAUUACUGGCUUUGUAUAAGCAAAGAACUCACCUGACUAACUACUUAUCCAAUCGCUUAAAUAAUGUAGCACCUAAUUUACAGAGCUUACUAGGAAAUAUAUUGGCUGCAAGACUUAUUGCUCAUGCUGGUAGCUUAGUCAAUUUAGCUAAGUGUCCGGCUUCAACAAUUCAAAUAUUGGGGGCUGAAAAGGCUCUUUUUAGAGCUUUAAAGACAAAGGGAAAUACUCCAAAAUAUGGUUUGUUGUUUCAAUCAAGUUUUAUAGGUAAGGCAGCUCAAAAAAAUAAAGGGAGAGUGUCACGGUAUUUAGCAAAUAAAUGUUCAAUUGCAGCUAGAAUUGAUAACUUUUCAACCUUGACAAGUAAUAUAUUUGGAGAAAAACUGAGACAGCAAGUUGAAGAUAAACUAAAAUAUUUCUCAGAGGGGAUAUCACCGCCUAGAAAUAUUGAUGUAAUGAGACAGGCAGUAUCUGAAUAUAUUGAUAUAGUUAGAAGGGUUGAGAAAAAGAAUAAAAAGAGAAAGAGCGAAAAUCAGCAAGUAGUUGUUGAAUUAUCUGAAGAUAUAGAUGAUUUAAAUAAUAAGAAGAGGAAAAAGGAGUCUAAGAAGAAUAAGAAGUUAAAACAUAAAGAGAAUGGCAAUUAA